AUGACUGAAACAGCACCGCCAUACGAUGUUCUGUUUUUAGACAGGUCGCAAAACCAGUUCCAGCCUCUGCCGACUCCAAACGACAUUGAUGGAUCCGAAAUUUUACUUCACGAGGCUACAGGUUGCCGACUUCUUCAAAAGCAGGGGUUCGUCGUCAAAUUCGGCGUUCAUGUUCACCCCAUCGAGGGCCACAACAUGCUUUACGUAGCAAAGCUCACGACGGUGCCGGUCCCCAAGCCAUACGCCAUCUACCAGCAUCGAAAACAGCAGAAAGUAAUCACGUACAUCGUGAUGCAAUACGUAGCGGGUACGACGCUUGUUGACCUAUGGGGCGGCCUAGACUAUGCUCGGAAAACUGCAAUCGCCAUGACGCUCCGGACCUAUUUCGAUCAACUCCGACAACUGCCACACCCGGGCUACUUUGGCAACAUUGAAGGCGGACUGCCACUCGACGGGAUAUUCUCUGCCACACGAGGCGCAACCGAGAUCAAGACUCAUUUUGCCACUGAGGAAGAAUUCAUCGAGGGCAUCAUUCAGAUGCACUCCCUUGACACUGGCGAACGGAUGGCCCCCAAGACUCGAUAUUACCGACAUGUCUUACCGACGGUUCUUCGCAGUAGUAGCCCCCCCGUCUUCACUCAUAACGACUUUCAGAGGAAAAACAUCAUGGUACAGCCUGAUGGGACACUAGUCAUCAUCGACUGGGAGUUUGCGUCGUGGUAUCCGACCUAUUGGGAAUAUUCGACCGCCACGUUUGCGAACGGUGGUUGGAACGAUGAUUGGCAUGACUACGUGCGCUUGGUCUUGGAUGAGUACCCGAACCAGUCCCUUUGGUUGUCAGGCAUAAGGUUGGAGAUGUGGGGCUGA